AAAUAGUCAACCAUCUCUACCAAUAACCAAUAGCUUACGACUUUUUGCUUCAAUACAACAAUCCUCCUUGUUAUUACACUCAUCCUUAUAUUGACUCUUACUGCUAUCCUCCUCCAUUUCUUUGAAGAAAUUUCUUGAACAUCAAUGGCAUUUGUCGGAAAUCAAGUACCUUCUUCUUCACCAUCAUCGUCGUCAACAGCGCAAUUUAAGUACCAUGUUUUCUUGAGUUUUAGAGGCGGUGACACCCGCAAGAACUUCACCGAUCACCUCUACACGGCACUAAAUCAAGAAGGAAUCCACACAUUUCGCGAUGAUAACCAACUCAGACGAGGAGAGAAUAUCGAGUUGGAAAUACAAAGAGCAAUAAGAGAAUCCAAGUUAUCUAUUAUCAUUCUUUCUAAAGAUUAUGCUUCUUCAAGAUGGUGUUUAGAUGAGCUUGCCAUGAUUAUGGAACGUAGAAAAUCGGUUGGUCAUAUUGUAGUCCCGGUUUUCUAUGAUGUGGAUCGUUCCCAAGUUAGAGAUCAGACCGGAAGCUAUGGCAAAGCGUUUGUUCGACAUGAAAAGAACUUUUUGAAGAGCGAAGUGGAGGAAUGGAGGGCAGCUCUUACAGCAGCUGCAGAUAUUGGUGGAGGGAUGGUUUUACAAGAUGGGUAUGAGUCGCAGUUUAUUCAAAAUAUUGUCAGAGAGGUUGAGAAUAAAUUGAACCGUACAGUGCUUAACGUUGCCCCGUAUUUAGUAGGAACAGAUUCUCGAAUAGCACGCAUUAAUCGCUGGCUGCAAGAUGAGUCGGAUGAUGUUGAGAUAGCUACAAUCUAUGGCCUCGGUGGCAUUGGCAAGACAACCAUUGCCAAGAUAGUUUAUAGUCAGAACUCUAGCAAAUUUAAAAGAAGAAGCUUUCUCGCAAAUGUUCGAGAAAGAUCAGAGCAACCAAAUGGUCUGGUUCGGUUACAAAGGCAACUUCUUUCGGAUCUCAUAAGGAGAAACACUAAAAUCUACAAUGUGGAUGAAGGAAUUAUGAAGAUCAAAGAUGCUUUACGCAACGAAAGAGUUCUUCUCGUCCUAGAUGAUGUUGACGAUUUAGAACAGUUCAAUGCAGUGGUCGGAAUGCGAGAAUGGUGUCAUCCAGGAAGCAAAAUUAUUAUAACAACUCGACAUGAAUAUUUACAAGGCGUUUCAGGAAUCUUUAUGAGGUAUGAAGUCAACAAGUUGGAUAAUAAAGAAUCACUUCAGCUAUUCAGUUGGCAUACCUUUCGCCAAGAUCAUCCUGCAGAUGGUUACGAGAAGCUCUCCGAAGAUGUUGUAAAUCACUGCGGUGGAGUUCCAUUAGCUCUUCAAGUAUUGGGCGCCUCCCUAUCAGGAAAAACAAUACCUGUUUGGGAAAGUGCAUUGCAGAAAUUAGAAAAAAUUGCUGACAGUAAAAUUCAGCAGAUUCUGAGAAUAAGCUACGAUUCCCUUCAGGAUGAUCAUGACAAACGUCUAUUCCUUGAUAUGGCUUGUUUUUUCACCAGAAUGGAUAUGGGUUAUGUUCUUAGAGUUCUAAAUGGCUGUGGGUUUUACACUCUAAUUGGCAUUCAAAAUCUUAUCAAUAGAUGUUUAAUAACUAUCAGCGACGACCAUAAAUUGUUGAUGCAUCAAUUAGUUAGAGACAUGGGGCGGGAAAUAGUUCGCCAAGAAUCACCCGAUGAUCCUGGAGAACGCAGCAGAUUGUGGAAUCCAAAAGACGCUGCCAAUGUGUUGAAACAAAAUACUGGUACAGAGUCAAUCAAGGGCCUUAUCCUUGAAAUGCCAAUGCAGACAGAAGACAAGCGCACAACAAAAGAUGUUAAUGAAAAUCAUCCAAAACUAAAUCAUAUAGGAGUAUCAAGUGAUGAAUCGACUCCACUUGAUCAAAAAAAAAAUUCGAAAAAACGUAGACUUAGCAUCUUAUCCAAGCAGCCAGUAAACGCUUCUCAAAAACAUUCAUUUUCCACCAAGGCAUUUGAGAAGAUGGUGAGACUAAAACUUCUUAAUCUGAACUAUGUAGAACUUUGUGAAGACUACAAGGAAUUUCCAAGAAGUUUAGUAUGGUUAUGUUGGCGUGGCUUCCCUUUGACAUUUUUACCAAUUGAUCUCUGCCUGGACAAGCUUGUCGCCCUUGAUAUGCGCAACAGCAAGCUAAAAUAUCUUUGGAAGGAAAUGAGGUUCCUUGUAGAGCUGAAAGUACUCAACCUCGGUCAUUGCCAUGGUCUUGUAAGAACCCCUGAUUUCAGAGGACUCCCUAGUCUUGAGAAAUUGGUGCUUAAAGAUUGUAAGAACUUGACGGAUGUUGAUGAAUCUGUUGGAGGACUAGAGAGGCUUAUAAUUUUUAAUUUAAAAGAUUGCAAAAGCCUAAAAAAGUUACCAAUAGAAAUUACCAUGCUGCAUUCUCUUGAAGAACUCAUCAUUUCUGGCUGCUCAAAUCUUGUUGAGCUACCAAAGGACCUAGCAAAGCUGCAGUCGUUGAAGAUACUGCAUGCAGACGGUAUUGCCAUAAACUCACCCGACUCCAUUACUGAAGAUUUUAACAAACUCAGAUUGUCAGUAUUGCAUUCAACUUCCUGGUCUUGGCUAUUACAAAAAAGAUGGGCUGAAUCAACCAGCUUGUCACUACCUUCUCUACCUCGCUUCCUAGUAAGCCUUAGUCUUGCAGGCUGCAGGAUAUCAGACACUGCUAUUCCUGGGGAUCUUAGUGCCCUGCCUUCAUUAGAGUACUUAAAUCUAAGCGAAAACCCAUUUUGUUUUCUACCAGAAAGUAUUAACAGCCUUGGGAUGCUCGACUCCCUUGUAUUAGAUCGAUGCACAAACCUCAAAUCACUUCCUGAGCUUCCAACAAGAAUAAACUCCUUGAAGGCGGAAGACUGCACAUCAUUGGAAAGAAUUACAAAUCUGCCCAAUUUGUUGAAAUCAUUAAACUUAGAAAUCUUUGGCUGUGACAAGCUAGUUGAAGUGCAAGGCCUAUUCAAAUUAGAACCGGUAGAAAACAUAGAUAACGAAAUACUCGAUAGUAUGGGAUUGACCGAUAUGAAAGCUUUCAAAGAAGUCGAAGUGGAAAUGUCCAACGCUUUGACAUGCACAGAAAUGAAGACCAGUGUUCAGGUAUUGCAAGAAUGUGGAAUUUUCAGUAUAUUUCUUCCAGGGAAUAGAAUGCCAGAGUGGUUUAGCCAAACAAGUGACAGUCCUUCCAUAUCUUUUGAAGUUGAAUCGAAACCUGGCCACAAGAUCAAAGGUCUGAGUUUAUGCACUAUAUAUAAUGACACUCUUGAAGGUGGAGGAUACAUAGAUGAGAACUGUGUUAAAAUCAACAAUAAAACCACAAGUUUAAGAUGGACGUAUAACCCAACCUUCUACGGGACUCCAAAACACCACGAGGAUAUGUUAUGGUUAAGUCACUGGACAUUUGGAGACCAAUUUGAAGCUGGGGAUGAGGUGCACAUAUUAGUGGAAAUGGCAUCUGGUUUACAUGUAAAAGGAUGUGGGAUCUGCCUCGUAUAUGAGGAGAAGAACAGAAGUGGCAAAGAAAUUAUUGAAAGCAGCAGUACCUCUUCUCCUGGGUAUAUAACCAUGACUGAUACAGAUAUGGCAGCAUAUGAACUGGGAACAGAUUCAUAUUUUCUGUGUCAUCAUAAGUUCCAAACACAUCAAGGAUCGGGAAGAUAUGACUGGGAUGACAUGAGUGGUUAUGAGUAUCUUUUUGAGGAGAUGGAGGAAGACUCUGAAUCUGAAAAGGGGAUGGAGGAAGACUCUGAAACUGAAAAGGAAAUGGAGGAAGACACUGAAACUGAAAAGAAGAUGGAGGAAGACUCUGACACUGAAAAGGAGAUGGAGGAAGACUCAGAAACUGAAAAGGAGAUGGAGGAAGAUUCUGAAACUGAUGAUUGGAUGUAGCUCCAGUGCUGUUCUUCAAUCAUUUCUUUGAGGUGUAAAUGCUAAAGAGAACUAACAUGUAAUGAGAUCACAACUUCAGUGACCAGAAACUCAGAUUUUCCUUCGUAUUUCUCUGGGGGAAUACUAGAAAGUGAUCUGACUCGAGCUCUCCUCCACACUGAAGAAUGAAAAUUUAUUAUUAGGAUUUUUUGGAGAGUGUUAACUUCAUAAAUAGAACAGAGAAUGUGAGCAAACACUGCGUUACAUUUUCUUUUUUGUUA